UGCCCGUUUUCUUUUCAGUUUCUUCCAUGGCUAUCCAUAAUCAAGCUAAUCAAACUUUCCAACCAUCAACUCCACCUGUCAUCAGACCAAUGAUAUCCGAUGUUGAACGACCACAAACAAUCAAAGAAAACAAAGACUACUUUGAUUACUCCCAAAGAGCACAGUGGCUUCGUGCUGCUGUCCUUGGAGCCAACGAUGGCUUAUUGUCGACUGCAUCAUUGAUGAUGGGAGUAGGAGCUGUAAAACAAGAUGUCAAGUUUAUGAUACUGACUGGUUUUGCCGGUUUAAUAGCUGGGGCGUGUAGUAUGGCCAUAGGAGAAUUUGUCUCGGUAUAUUCACAACUUGAUAUAGAGUUGGCGCAAAUAAAGCGGCAAAAUAUGGCAAGAAAAGAUGAGGAAACACAAAAUGAUGACGAGAAGGAAAAUUUGCCAAACCCAUUUCAAGCUGCUGGUGCAUCAGCAAUUGCAUUCUCCCUUGGAGCUAUGGUGCCGUUAUUAGCAGCGGCAUUUAUAAAAGAUCAUAAAGUGAGGUUGGGAGUGGUGACCGGAGCGACGAGUGUGGCGUUGUUGGUGUUUGGAGGGUUAGGGGCUAUUUUAGGGAAGGCACCUUUGUUGAAGUCUUCUCUUAGGGUUCUGAUCGGUGGAUGGAUCGCCAUGGCUAUAACAUAUGGAUUAACUAAGUUGAUUGGAACCAAUGGACUCUCAUCAGUGCUAGCUUAAUAUAGUUACAGUCAUC